GGUCUUUUUGCAUGGUGCAGCAGCUGCUAUAUUUCUUUUAAAAUUUACCGAUUUUAUAGCUUCUGAUAUUUGGCUGUUUUGACAGUCCUGCCUAUAAAAUGCAAUUGUAUUCUAUGCAUUAAGCCAUUUAAAGUGGGUUAAUUGAUAGUGCGUUUAUUCUACAACAGCGACAUGAAACUGUGAGCCUACACCUGGAACGUAUUUCUUUUUCUGUUAAUAUGUAUUAUAUCCAAUAUAUGCUGCGCAAGGCAUGAAAUGUGCAGUAGUGAAAAUGACAUUAACAAUUUUACAUGCAGUACUGCAACAAAUAUUACGUCAGCUGGAGGCAGCCGCCAACGUUUUCGUCACAGAAAUGGCUGUCUCCUUGUGUGUGGAAUAGUGCGGUGCUGAAGAAACUUUCACCCCAAGUACCAUCUGUAUGACCAUCACGGAGGCUCAGACUGAUGGAAAAUAGAAGACGUGAUGAAAGAUACUGAUUUUAGAAAAAGAGACAACGAUGGCCAAUGGUGUGAUGGUGUUCAGAAUGAUGAUGAGGAGGAGGAGGAGACCCCCAUGAGGCCAAGUUUCUCUGUGGAGGACCUCCUAGAUGAGGUGGAGAAGAUCAGCAGUGUCUCCACGAGUGGCAAGAAGGUGGAGAUGGUGGUGAGGUUGUGGAAAGACGGAUUCACUGUGAAUGAUGAGGAUUUACGCAGCUACUCCUUAGAUGAGAACCAAGAGUUCCUUGAGGCAAUUAAACGAGGGGAACUGCCAUUGGAGCUGGAGGGGAGGGCAGAAGAUGAGGAGCUAGAGGUCAAUGUGGAAGAUAUGAAGGAUGAAAUGUAUGUUCCCAAGAAGAAGACUUUUCUCCCUUUUACUGGCAGAGGCUAUAGAUUAGGCAGCGUGACGCCACGGGUUUUGGCGAGGUCUCGAUCAAUACAUGAGGACUGUGCUGGCCCUCCGUUGCCUGCAGUAGAGCUCGAUGAAGACCUACCCGUAACAUCCCUACAAAUCUGGCUCACAGAUGGCCGGCGGCUGGUGCAGAGAUUUAACCUUUCUCAUCGUAUCAGUGAUGUCCAAGAUUUUGUGGAGAAGGCCCAGAGGACAAGUUCACCGUUCAUCUUAACUACAUCUCUGCCUUGUCGGGAGCUAAAAGACAGUGGUGUGAGUCUGGAGGAGGCGGACCUGAUAAACGCUGUCAUCGUCCAGCGGCCACUGAACACACAGGCACCCUUUGGUCACUCCUGACUGACGCUAAGGGUACACAGGCACCAAUUUGGUCACUCCUGACCAAGGCUAAAAAAAAAAGAACCUCCAAAACAUAUAAACUAUUAGUAUUUGAAAGUGAAACUGCUUAAAAGUCUAUACAUCUACCCUCAUCAGUCCAGUUUGUAAAUAUCAUUAUAACUCUACUGUGACACUCAUUGAAAAAAGACACUGAUAUAAUCCCAUCAGAAUUCCCACCAGUCAACUUAAUUUUUUAUUAUUAUAAAAGAGUGCAAUAAUGAAGAAUUAUUGGUCAUUUGUAAAUGUUCCAUACAGCAUGAACACAACAAAUGUUAUGGACUAUGUAAGUACAGUUCUUAUUGAUGAUGGUCAGUUUCAUUUUCUUUCUGGUGUCUUCUGAUGCAACGCAGCACACACAAGCCACGUCUUUAAUAUCAGUGUUGUAUAAAUAUUCUGGAAAUGAUCUGACUGAAUAAAGAUAAACCCUGAGUACA